AUGCCUAUGAACUCCAGAGCAACAGGUGAUCCGAGCAUUCAUAGUCAUUCUGGUGACUGUGACACAGACCUAUCAGGAAAAUAUUCUGAAUACAUUGAAGAGCACCGUGAAGCUCUGGUGGCAAAGUGCCAGCGGGUUAAUAAUUGUAUAGAAGGACUGCUGAAAGAUGAGAACAUUCUGCUGUUGCUUAAAGGUGACAACCUGAGUCUCAACAAGACCUGCAGCCUUAUAUAUGAGAACAGUUCUAAUGCAGAUGUGCGGAAUGGACAGUGCACUGCUGAGGAUAGGGAUGACAUUCGUGAGGAUCUGGAACAACAUCUGAUGCUUCAGUUGGAUGAUGCUAAAGGAGCUGGCUGGAAAAAUGUCAAAAAAUGUUUGCGUGACAAUUAUGGAACUGAGGAAAGAACUACUUAUGUAAAUGACAUCUGUAGGCUGGCACAGAGUAGACCACAAAUCUGUGACAAUCGUAAUGUUCACAAAAAUGUAACCACCUUCUUCAAUAAUCAGAUCCAGUACUUGCAGUGCACAUGCAGAAGCUUGCAAAAUAGUAAUACUAACAACGCAGGGAAAGGCAGCAUCUUGCCAGUCUUCCUCGGUGGAUUAGCUGGUGGUUUGCUGCUGCUUCUGGUCAUUUGUGUGAUAGGCUGGAUUGUCUACAGGCGACGACGAACAAAGAGAAAGAGUAAGAAACGGGCCCCGAAUGUAAUUUAUCUGCCUGCACCAGGAUCAGACAACUGUCCAGUUUAUCAGGAGUUAUAUGAUGAAAAGGGAUAUAAUGCUUAUGGGAUCAAUCCUUCUGGACAACCCCCAGCUCUUCCAUCACGUUACACAAGAGGCCCCACAGAUCAGGAGGAGGAGUCAGCCUAUCUAGAACCAGUGGAGGCGGGUCUCAGAUUUAGACCUAAGCUCCCUGUUCCUGGUAGAGAUAAUCCAACAUAUGGAGCACCGCCUGAAUACAGUGAAAGAGCCACAGAUGCCCAGAAUGUGCUUCAAAACAAAUCUGAAGAUGAGAGCGGCUUUCACAGAAAUCUGGCUAAACCAGAAAAUGGUUAUGAAUCAGUUGAAGAUGUGAUGAGGUCACCAACAGAUGAUGCUCCUAAGCCUGGGGAUGUUCAAGUGGUUCCCAGUCCAGCCAAGAGAACUCUGAGCAAUCGCCAGGGAGAGCCUGGUUUUGUUAAGCUUGAAAAAGAUGGAAGCAGGAGGGUAGUGGAUACUACAGUCUAA